AUGGGCAUCAGAGACUUCUUCGACAGCCGCUUCUUUGACCACAGCUGGAAGAACAAAGUCUUCAUUCUCCAAGUCGUAACCACCACCAUCGCCUUCAUCCUCGGUAUCGCCAAGGUUGCGACGAAACCAUCAGGUAUCCCGAUGACCAGAUCAGACAUCAUGGCCAUAACAAUGAGUCUCAAAACGUACGCGUUCCUAGCCUACGAAUACCUCACACAAAAGGUCGACAAGUUCAAAAGGUUCGGAAGCCUCAAGGCAAACGCGAUUCUGAACACCAUGGACAUCGUCUUCUGGGCAGUCGUGAUGGGCUUGGCGUUCAACAUGGCUACUCGAAUCUGCAUCGGUGCCAACUGUGCGAUUGGCAUCUUGGUUGGACUGGUGGCGCUGGUUGUUACGUUGGUUAACUUUUGGGCGGCCGUUAUUGCUUGGAAGGAUCGUAAGUACUUCAAGAGCAAUGGUGUUCGGCGUGGACAUGGUGAGAAGUAA